AUCCUGGACGGGAAGUAACUAGAUAAGGGGAGCUCACCCACCUUUUAAUCAGAUACGUACACAGGAAACCAAAACCUUGGAAUAAUUGAAAUUAUCUCGAAUUUUCCCCGCAUAUUUUUUAUUUGUAAUGUUACUAAACACCAGCGUCGUCUUAGCAUCUAAUAAUACGUUUUAUUUCGCUUGAUUGGUGUUUAAUGUAGGGAUGCUCAGCUGGAGGGAGGAGGCCUAAAAGCAUAAUUUCCACCCCACGCGCAUCAUUUGUCACCAUCUUUUGCGCAAUGGAGGAGAUUUUAAGAAAACUGCAGAAGGAGGCGUCGGGCAGCAAACAAAAAGGGAUUCGCGACGCGUGCGGUGUUGCCUGCGAUACCCUUGAUGCUCAUAAAAGAUUGGUUAAAAUCUCACCAUCUAAACUCAGAGAGAGCUGCCUGUUUCCUCUUCAGCUGGCAUUGGAGUCUAAAAACGUUAAAUUGGCCCAGACUGCCCUCACAGGGAUGCAGAAGAUCCUUUGUGAGGACUGCUUUGUUUCUGUGGAUAUAGAGGUUCCAGAGAAGGAGCUGUUGAGUCAGAUUUUGGAAGUCAUCAAGGUGACGCCCACCCUACAUGAAGACCUGCAGAUUGAGGUCAUGAAGGUUCUGCUUUGUGUCACCUACUCCUCUACCUUUGAGAUGAAUGGGCACAACAUCUUGAGAAUUGCUGAGGUGAGUAUUGAGACGUACAUAUCGAGUUGUCAUCAACGUAGCAUCAACACAGCAGUCAGGGCCACUCUCAGUCAGAUACUCGGAGAUCUCGCCCUACAACUGCGCCAUAGACAGGAAAAUACAGGUAUUGAUGGAGAAGAACGUUCCAUGCCUGUGCUCCAGCGCAAAGCAGAUAUCUCUCCAACCUCUGAUGCAUUGUAUGAAGAUGUUGUGAUGGUCCUCACCGUGUUCUGUGACAAACUGGAGUCCGUCUCAAAUGAAAACCAGUUGCUGCAGCUGUUGUACCUGGAGUGUAUUCUGUCCAUGCUUUCUAGCUGUCCUCCCACGAUGCACCUGCAUCGCCAUUUUACUGACCUUAUAUGGAAACAGUUGUGCCCAACCCUGGUGGUGAUAAUGGGAAACCCUGCAAGUGAUAAAACCAUCACUUCUGCCCAUGGUGGGACAACCCAGGACUCAGACGUGGCGUCGGUUUUGGACCAAGGCCGGGGAUCCGGAUGUUCAACAAGUGCCCCUGCAAUGAUUGGGCCAGUGGUUCGUACUAUCUGCUAUGUGGCGGCAGAGUUGGUUCGUCUGGUGGCUUGUGUGGAAUCGAUGAAACCUGUGUUGCAGUCCCUGUACCACCGUAUUCUUCUCUAUCCACCCCCCCAGCACAGAGUGGAGGCCAUUAAGAUUAUGAAGGAGAUUGUAGGAAGCCCUCAGCGCCUGUUUGACCUGGCUGGUCCAUGCGUCAUUGAGCCUGAGACAAGGAAAAGGUCAUUUUCAAAGAGGAAGUCACAUCUCGAUCUUCUCAAAUUGGUGAUGGAUGGUAUAACAGAAGCGUGUAUGAAGGGUGGGAUUGAGGCCUGCUACACUUCUGUGUCCUGCGCUUGUGUCCUAUUGGGUACUUUAGAUGAGCUCAGUCAGGGGCGUGGCCUGCUGCAGGACCAAGCUCGUGUGCUGCUGUGCCGAAUGGAUGAGCUAAAGGAGGGGGUGGAGUCUAUGCGAGAGUCUGUAGAACUAAAUGAUGCGGACUUCCGCUGGCAGCGACGCAUACUCUCUUCUGAGAACGCCACUUGGGAAACCGGCAUUGCGGAACGCAGCCCUGACAUCAGCAUCAGCGUUACUACCGACACAGGCCAGACCACCUUGGAGGGGGACAUGGGUCAAACCACUCCGGAGGAUUGCAAGGAGAAACCGCGCCUUCCAUCGCCCUCUUCCUGUGGGUUCAUAGCAGGAUCGGCCCCCAACCUGCCUGAAUGCGUUAAAGACAGCAGUGCCCCAGAAGCCCCAUCCAGUACGGCUCCUCCUGAUGUAGUACAGCGCAGCCAUGGCCUGGCCUUCCCUGACAUCACCAACUUCCUGUCUGUGGAGUCUAGGACACGCUCCCAUGGCUCACGCUACAGUGAGAGCAACUUCAGUGCGGACGAGCAGGAGCUGUCCCGAACAGAGUUCGACUCAUGUGACCAGUACUCCAUGGCUGCAGAGAAGGACUCUGGUCGCUCGGACGUGUCUGAUAUGGGGUCGGACAACUGCUCUCUUGCAGAUGAGGAGCAGACACCACGAGAUUGUCCAGGGCACCGUACUUUGCGGACAGCCGCUUUGUCCCUGAAACUGCUGAAGAACCAGGAGGCCGAUCAGCAGAGUGCCCGACUCUUUGUCCAGUCUCUAGCUUCACUGAUGCCACGCUUACUGGGUCUGCAUAGCACCACGGAUGUAGAUGUGUCUCUGCAAAACUUCUCAUCCACCUUCUGUUCAGGGCUGCAAGCAGGAGGGGUUCAUUGUCCAGGAUUUGAGGGCAGUGAAAACCUGAGUUGUCAGGCUCUUAUGAACGCAGAUGGAUUGUACCUGCUGGCGUAUUACGCUCUGUUACUCAACCUCAAACUGUGCUGCUGUGAACAUUACCACAGGAAAACCACACCUGCUCUGCUCUCUUUGAAGGAGUUUGUGCAUCAGAUCCAGAGCAGCGGGGUGCUGGUGGUUCUGUCUCAGGCAUGGAUUGAAGAGCUCUACAAUCAGGUGCUGGAGAGAAACUUGCUGGGAGAGGCCGGAUACUGGGGCACGGCAGAGGAGCAGUCGUUACCUCUCAUUACCAUGCUCACUGACGUAGAUGGACUGGGCAGCACUGCUAUAUGUGGGCAGCUGAUCAGAAAGGCCUCCACACAGUCGCCCUUUACCUCUGACAAGAACGGCAGUGACAACAUGGUGGCAGGUGUGGUAUUUUCCCGCUACAUCUUGACUGGCUGCUGGAAAAACCUGAUAGACACUCUGUCCACACCACUCACAGGUCGCAUGGCCGGGAGCUCCAGGGGUCUUGCCUUUAUUCUCGGAGCGGAGGGAGUUAAAGAACAAACCCAGAGGGAGAGGGACACCAUCUGCGUCAGCCUGGAUGGUCUACGCAAAGCUGCAGCACUCAGCUGUGCUCUAGGUGUGGCAGCCAACUGUGCAUCAGCACUUGCCCAGAUGGCAGCUGCCUCAUGUGUUCAGGAGGAGAAAGAGGAGAAAGAUUCGGGGGAGACUGGAGACACAAUUACUCAAGUUAAGCAACGUGUUGAGCAAAAACUAGAGCAGAUGGGCCGUUGUCAGGGCGUGAGGUUGCACACAGCCCAUGUGCUCUGCAUGGACGCUAUACUCAACGUCGGGCUGGAAAUGGGCAGUCACAAUCAUGACUGCUGGCCUCAUGUGUUCAGAGUAAUUGAGUAUAUCAGUUCACUGGAACACAGUCACUUCAGUGAUGGCAGCUCCCAGCCUUCAAUGACCAUCACUCAGGCACAGCAGGUUGUGUCAGUGGAGCUGGAGAUGAGUGGUGAGGUCAGUCCUGAACUGGAGCUGGGUCUCAGUCAUCCUGUGAUCCAGCCACUGUCCAUCCAGGAGCUCUUGAGGACAAGGGACCGUAGUAAAGGCUGUGACCUGGGGGGAAGUCUGCUCACAGGCACCAGUGCAGCCAAAGCCGUCUGCACCCUUUCCACACAAGCUGACAGGCUGUUUGAGGAUGCUGUGAGUAAACUCAACCUGGUGGGCCUGGUGGGCUUUCUACAUCAGCUCAGAAAAGCUUCGCAGUCUCAACUCUUUGAUUCAGUUACAGAAACCGGAGACUAUUCCUUAGCUAUGCCAGGAGAGGCAAAGUCAACCCAGGACAAGUGCAGUGCCCUCCAUCUCUUUCGGCUGGGGGAGGCCAUGCUGUGGAUUGUGAAGAACAAGAGUAGACCACUGCUGCACAUGAUGAGAGCCUGGAGUGUGGUGGCACCCCAUCUAGUGGAGGCAGCCUGUCACAAGGAGCGUCACGUAUCUCAGAAGGCCGUGUCUUUUAUUCAUGAUGUUCUGAUGGAGGUCCUGAGCAGUUGGGGGGAGCUGCCACACUUUCACUUCAAUGAAGCCCUCUUCAGACCCUUUGAGCACAUCAUGCAGCUUGAGCUCUGCGAUGAAGAUGUCCAAGAUCAGGUGAUCACCUCUAUAGGAGAGCUGGUGGAGAUGUGUUCAGCUCAGAUCCAGUCUGGCUGGAGGCCACUGUUCAGUGCACUCAGAACUGUGCACGGAAACAAGACAGACAUGAAGGAUUACCUGACUGGAGAAUAUUCAAUGGGGAAGUCACAGGCACCUGUGUUUGAUGUCUUUGAAGCCUUCAUCAACACUGACAACAUCCAGGUGUUUGCCAACGCAGCUACUGACUACAUCAUGUGCCUUAUGAAGUUUGUGAAAGGUUUAGGAGAAGUGGACUAUAAGGAGAUUGGGGAUUGUUUUCAUGUCAGUGGAUACAGCUCUACUGAUCUGUGCCUGCCUGCCCUGGACUAUUUGAAAAAAUGUUCAGAGCUCCUUGCCAAAAUCUACAAGAUGCCUUCUAAGCCUGUGUUCUUGGGUGCGAGACUGGCUAGUCUGCCCAUGAGAGCCCAGGAGCGCUCUGUGAGCAGCGAGGAUGGCAUGGACUGUGUUUUAGCUGAGUUUGACGAUGACACGGGUCUGAUACAAGUGUGGAUUCUUCUGCUGGAGCAGCUGACAGCAGCUGUGUCGAACUGUCCCCGUCAGCAUCAGCCUCCUACUCUCCAGCUAUUGUUUGAACUUCUGCGUGAGGUCACCAAGAUACCAGGGCCUGGCUUUGCCAUCUUCUCUGUCAAUCAUCUCCUCCUCCCUGUGAUGUCGCUAUGGUUACAGCGAAGUCAUGGUGACCACUCGUACUGGGACAUCGCCGCGGCGAAUUUCAAGCAUGCCAUUGGACUGUCCUGUGAGCUGGUGGUGGAACAUAUUCACAGCUUCAUCCAUUCAGAUAUUGGCUAUGAAAGUCUGAUUAACCUGAUGCUGAAAGAUCUCUUUAAACUGCUGGUGUCCUGUGUAGCCGAGCCAACUGAGAUCAUAUCCAGAGUGGGCUGCUCCUGUAUCAGGUAUGUUCUGGUAACAGGGGGUCCUGUUUUUACUGAAGAGAUGUGGAGGUUAUCAAGCUGUGCUUUACAGGACGCAUUUUCUGCCACCCUGGAGCCUGUGAAGAAUCUUCUGGCUUGUUUCCGGAGCGGUUCAGACAGUUUCACAGGAGAUGCAUGUGAAGUGAAAGUGGCGGCCCCCUCACAUUCCCCCUCAGCAGAGGCAGAGUACAUGAGGAUCCGUGCCAUGGCCCAGCAGGUCUUUAUGCUGGAUACACAGUGCUCCCCCAAAACCCCAAGCAGCAAGGAAGGACUUGAGCACGCUCAAUCCUGUGUACUGAUCAUUGAACUUCCAGCUGAUCAACUUUCCAAUGGUCAUGCUCAAAAGAGGAUUCCCUUCAGGACUCUUGUGGUAAGUUUGCUGUCCCAUCAAGUACUGCUGCAGAACCUCUAUGAUAUCCUGUUAGAAGAGUUUGUGAAGGGUUCAGGAAGAUCUGAGACUCAGGGUAAGAUCACACCAGUGUCCGAGCCAAAACCUACUGGCUUUCUUCGCUUCAUCUCAAUGCAAAACCUGGCCAUCAUCUUUGACCUGCUGCUGGAUUCGUACCGCACAGCUCGUGAGUUUGACACUCGUCCAGGCCUCAAGUAUCUGCUGAUGAAAGUGUCAGGAGUAUGUGGAGCUGCUAACUUAUACCGCCAGUCUGCCAUGAGCUUCAAUAUCUAUUUUCAGGCUCUGCUGUGUGCCAUGCUGACCAACCAAGAGAACGUUACCGUUGAGCAGGUGAAGAAGAUCCUGAGUGAAGAAGAGGAGGGCGGCUCUGACUCAUCACAGCAGUGCUCCUCUGAGGAUGAAGAUAUCUUUGAGGAGAUGGCACAGGUGAGUCCUCCGCGUGCCCGGGAGAAGCGCCAGUGGCACGCCCGCAUCCCGUCUCUGAGCACGCAGCCUGUUAGCAGCGUGGACUGGGCCUGGCUUGUCAAACGCCUGCACAAACUUUGUAUGGAUCUGUGCAACAACUACAUCCAGAUGCAUUUGGACCUGGAGAGUACCAUUGGAGAACAGCCUACCCACCGGGCCGACCCGCUUUUGUUCUUGCCCCUUUUUAAUUCGGAGACCUCCACGCCCUCCACUGGGGGCCUGUCGGGCCACGGGACGCCCUCAGAAGACAGCUUUCGCCUCUAUCUUGAUGAGACUCCCUCGGAGGAGGUGCAAAGCCCUGGUGGGCUGGGUGCAAGCCUCCCCCAGCUAAGAGGUGAAAGGAGGGACUCGGGACGUAAGAAGGAAUGGUGGGAAAGUGCCGGAAAUAAGUUCUACACCAUCGCCACUGAUAAGACCAUCACCAAACUGAUGAUAGAGUACAAGAAACGCAAGCAGCAGCACAGCCAUGCCUCAUUUGCCAAAGAGGUGAAGGUGGGAGAAAAGAGGGGUGAGGCAGUGGAUUCCCCAGGACCUCAGAGGCCCCAGCAGUUAGUGGAACAGGGGCCGAUGCGUCACUCCUUUAGUGCAGGGCCCGAGUUGUUGCGGCAAGAGAAGAGACCUCGCUCAGGGUCCACGGCCAGUUCCCACAACAUCUCACUCAGAGAUUCUGAAGCACAGAUACAGGCAUGGACCAACAUGGUUCUUACAAUCCUGAACCAGAUCCAGCUGUUGCCAGACCCCACGUUCAUUGCUCUCCAGCCAGCUGUGUUUCCCUGCAUCAGUCAGCUGACCUGCCAUGUGACUGACCUCAGGGUACGGCAGGCAGUACGAGAGUGGCUCGGGCGAGUCGGACGAGUUUAUGAUAUUAUCCAGUGAUCAACUGGCUAAUUUUUGAUCUCUUAAAGUUUUUUUUGCUUAUGAUACAUUUUUCUCUCUUAUGAUACAUUUUUCUCGUAAUGUUCUUCAGUAUUCGGUCUGUCAAGUUCAGAAUCUAUAUCUUUAUUUAUUCAUACCUCUACAGGCAUUGAAUUGACAUCAACUGUUAACAAAAUAAAGGUUUGUUUUUCUCAUGUGUUCUUACAUUUAACUUUAAACUACACUGAAGGUUUCAAUUAGUCAAAAUCCUUGCACAAUGAAAUGUGAAUCUGAUGCACUUUUGUUCAAGCAUUAAUUAAUAUACCUAAAGCAUAAAAUACCUAAUUUUAUGCUAAUUGCUAAUAUUAUAUUUUAAUUUGCAUAAUUCAAAGUGCGUGUAAUAUUUUAAGUCUGAUUCUUACAUCUUUAAAGAGUAUAGUAACAAGUCCUUUUGUAAAGGCUAAUAUACAGUACUGAGUGUUUGUCAUGAUCCAAUAUCCAAUAUGAGCUUCAUUUUGAAAUCCUUUGUCCAAAUGUUUUGUCUUGUUUGCUCUAUAAAUCUGAAAUCAUUGAAAUGAAAUUAUGUUUAGACUUGAUAAAAAAACGUAUCCCCAAACACUGCACUAGCUCUAAGUCACUCAUAUAAAGGUCACUAUUAUGUUUAUCUAAAUGUUUAAUGUCCAUACAUCAGUCACACACUGUGUGCCCCCGCUGCCCCGGAUUCCUCCCCUACCCACAGUGCAAUGGGAAUAUGGGGUUCACAAAACAUACAUCUGACUAAACUUGAAUAAACUUUAAUGUAGUAAUAAAAAAUGAAAUGAGAAAUUGAGCAUUUAUUUUAAUUGUCUUCAAUGGUAUAAUUUGCAUAGCAGCUCUAUAUAAUACAUAUCUUAAAAGUAUAAAAGUGAGUAUACAGUUUUAAGUGCUAUUCUUAUUUGUUUGAACCACAUAGUGAUAUGGCUUUACUGCAAAUAUUUUUCUGCAUAGUCAUUUCUUAAUCCUGAGAACUGCAGUUGCUUGAAUAUUGUGUUUGUCUUAAAGCUUUCCUGUGGCUCAGUGGUUAGAGCAUGGCACUAUCAACGCCAAGGUCAUUGGUUCGAUCCCAGGGGAUUGCACAUACUUAGAUUACAGUGUAAUGCAAUGCAAGUCGCUUUGGAUAAAGGCGUCUGCCAAAUGCAUAAAUGUAAAUCAUAUGCAUGUAUUAUUUCUGUUUUUCUUUUUGUACGUGUUAAAGGUGUAUUAAGUAUAUUUAUUUUGUGAUGUAUUGUGUACAUUUUCGUGUUAUGGAACAUCUGCCCAGAAUUGAACUAUUCUGUAUCUAAUUCAAACAGUUAUUUCAAAUGAAGGCUAUGUCGUGUAAUUUAUGUGCAAUUGGAACUAUAGAAUUCUGGGACUAAUUUACAAACUUUACAGAUAUUCUUUACAAACCGUGUGUCCAGUGCACACAGCCUGUGUUAAAUAAUCAUAAUCAGAAUCCUUCAUUUUUUUAGUUCAUAUUUUGUUGCGGUUAUGACAAGUGCUUGGUAUAAACAGUGGAACUAACAGGACAGUCAGAUGGACCAAAGACAUGUUUGUGUUUAAAACUAUUAAAUUAUUAUAUACUUAAUUUUAAACCAAUCAUACAUGAGUAUAUAACAUAUUUUUUUACCUAGAGUGAGAGCAGAAAUAAAUGUUUUCUUAUGAUUUUUCUUUAUUUAAAAUCUGUAUUCAUUUACUUUCAGCUUUGACAGUUGUGAAAAUGUUUAGACAUUGUUUUGUUUAACAGCUAAAAUUAAUUUCUGUUUAAUCUCCAAAAAGUGUCAAUUUCUGCUUUACCAUAGAUACCAGCCACUUUAUUUCCACUAUUUAUGUUCACUCUUAAUAUAAGAUAGCAGUGUUCCUUUAAGGGUAGCGGCAAUAUGUUUGUGAUGAUUUCUGGAGGAAGUACACACCUGACAUCCUAUCUAGAUAGUAUUUACUUUCAUUACUAUCAUUAAUUAUUCAACUUCUAUAAUUAAACUGCAGUACAUGUGCAAUGCUGAAUGUAUUCUGAAGUGUUUCUUAAAUGAUCCUUUAUGUUGUAUGGGUUGGGAAAUAAACUAGUAAAGCUAAUAAACAGCUGUGUGUUGCUCUUUUGACAAGAGUGUCUUAAAUAACUGUUUGUUUAUAAAUUUUUACAUGGUCAUGAACAGUUGAUGUCAAGUCCCUUCAUGUAUAUUAAAAUAAGUGGAAUCUAGCAUUUCAUGAUAAAAAAAAUAUUAGCAGUUACCAAAUUCUUCAUUGAUUUUCUCAAAAUUACAUUGCUCAUUAUUUUCAUACCAUUUUACAACUUAUUUUUUGCCAAGAUAACAGCUCUGCGCCUUCACCUAUAAUGCCUUAUACGUUUGGAGAACAUCGGACAAGAGAUUAAGACCAUUCGUUUAUAGAGAAUUGCUCCACACCCUUCAGAUUAACACCUCCAAAUUGGUGCUUCGCUUCAGUUCUUUCCACUCAUUUUCUAUAAGGGUUCAGGUCUGGAAAGAAUGGCCAUGGAAGAAUCUUUGUUUUUUACUCCGUGGCCCAUUUUUGUUUUAAAUUAUUGUCCUUUUGGAAGAUAAUAUGGAAAAUAAAUACCCAAAACUCGGAAGGAGGAUGGUUAUAUAAUCCAAACGAUUGUUUCUUCCUGAUUAGCAAAGAGAGGUCUCUACAGCCACCCCUAACUUCUGUCCCAUGACAGUUUUUGCAGCAUGCCUACUUC